CACACACACACAUACACACGCACACACACACACGCGCGCGCACACACGCACGCGCGCACACGUGUGUGUUGGCUGCGUGUGUGGAUAAAGUGAAAGAAACACGCAGACGAGGAUACGAGGAACUUACUUUCAGGCGGGACGUAGCGCGACACAGGAAAUAAUGCUGUGUAGGCUCAGGACACCCAAAAUAUUGAGGCCUAAAGAGUACACGGAGGUCCCAGAUGGAGGCUGGGGCUGGGUGGUGGCUGUGGCCUUUUUCUUGGUGGAGGUCUUCACCUACGGCACCAUUAAGAGCUUUGGCAUCUUCCUGCAAGACCUGAUGGAGGAGUUUGGGGAGAGCAACAGCCGAGUGUCCUGGAUUGUUUCCAUCUGUGUUUUUGUUAUGACCUUCAAUGGUCCCCUUUCCUCCAUGUUGACCAAACGAUUUGGCUUCCAACUUGUCGUCAUGUUCGGAGGUCUUCUCGUUUCCUUGGGCACCAUUACUACAGGUUUUACGUCCUCGAUCAAUCAAAUGUACCUCACAUACGGCUUGAUCGCAGGUUUUGGCUACUGCCUGACCUUCCUGCCCACAGUGACAAUCCUAUCCCAUUAUUUUUUACGGCGAAGGUCACUGGUCAUAGCCAUAUCCUCAACUGGAGAGGCCCUGUCCAUGUUCGCUCUUGCCCCAGGCUUCUCCUCAUUGAAGGGUUUUAUUGGCUGGCGUCACACAAUGUCAGUCAUAGGAAUCUUGCAAGGCACUAUCAUUUUUUGUGGCGCCGUGCUUCGGCCAAUCACUAUCAAACCCCAAAGAACCCAAGAGACAGAUACGGACAGAUCCUCCCUAAAGAAUGCAGAAGCCCAAAGCACACAUGGGAACACGGAUGAGGUCCAGUAUGUCAAAAUCAAUGGCUACAUAGAGGACAGGACUUUAUUAGAAAAAGAAGGAAGCACAGAGUUGCCCCUGGGUACAAAUGAAGAAGCUGAAGCUGGAAACAACCAUGGAGAGAAACAAGUGAUUAAAGGUGAUGAGAAAUGUACACUUUUGGACUUCUCCAUCCUCAAAGAGUGCAGCUUCAUCCUCUACUCGCUCUUUGGUCUGUUCGCCACACUGGGCUUCUUCGCCCCUCAACUCUACAUUAUUGAAUUGAGUGUGAGUCGAGGCGUUGAGCGAGAUCACGCCACCUACAUGCUCUCCAUAAUGGCUGUGGCUGAAAUCCUCGGUCGCUUUUUAAUUGGAUGGGUUCUAACACAGAAGCAAGUCCGGGAGAGGAAGCUCCUUGUCUUGCUGGUCUGUGUGAUUUUCAUGGCGGUAGAUCUGCUUGGAUUUACUCUGGUCACUGAGUUCUACGGCCUGGCAGUUUGCUGCUCAGUGUACGGGUUCUUUAUGGGGACCUUAUCAUGUACGCAUAUUCCUAUGCUGGCAGAAGAAGACGUGGUGGGCUUAGAGAGGAUGUCCGCUGCUGCUGGAGUCUAUGUGUUCAUACAGAGCUUUGCUGGACUUGCUGGACCCCCUCUUGGAGGUGUGUUAGUGGACAUUACUCAAAACUACGGAUCGGCCUUUUACUCCUGUGCGGCUGGCAUGGCGGUGAGUGCUGUGUUCCUGGGCUUUGUAAGACCUGCCAAGAGAGGACUACUGUGUGGGAAUAGGACUAGACAACCACACGAGGACACACAAAAUGAAGUGAGAGAGGACUUUAAGGAGAAUGCUGACGUGAACGAGGCCAGCUCACAUGAAGACUUGGAACGAUGUUAGCUCACAUUCAGACACGGACCGAGCGCGGGCGGCUUUUGCUUGACAGUGAGGAACAUCUUAAAAAAAAACAGUUGUGCCUUGCUUGCCCAAUAUACCGAGGUGUUUCUUCCUCGAGCAAGAAAGCACACUGUUCAAUUAGCCUUCAUCCAGAGAGGCUGUUGAAAUAGCCUUAAAGAACUGUAAUUACAUGCUGGACGUGCAUAACUUAAUGAUACCAGCGGUAAAAACUGUGAGGCCAAUGUAGCUGCCAAAACGAUUGCACAGACUCUGUAACAUGAACUCAGUUGAUUGUGUUAUAGAACACAUUUACCAAGCUCAGGAGAAAUGCGAUAUUGAAACAUUUAUUUUUGAACUAAGUGAUCUGUGCACUGUUGUGAGGCGUCAAAGAUCAACUAUUUUUGUAAUGAAAAAAUGUGUUCAGUCGCAAUAAAACAAAAGUGAACCUUUAAAUUAAAUGUUUCAC